CAGCGCUCUUCCUUUUCGUCGUUGCGCCUCGACUGCGCUGCGCAGAUAGACGCGCGCUGAUUGGCCUCCCAAGGGGCUCCUCAGCCCCGCACAUUCCCCUCCCGCGUCGACGAAUCACUGCCAGGCUGGGACGCUCCAAAGUCAAUCCAGCGCCAUUCGUUGCUUUUGGGGAGGGGGUCGGUCCCCAAAUCUCCACACGCUUUGCUGCGCUCAUGCCAUACAGUGGAAGCGUGUGCAGAAGGUACCUGUCCUUUGCCUUUGGCUGAGCCUUUCUCUCCCGCGUUGGCAGCAAGAUGCGAAAUAUUUUUAUUUCGCCUCUGUGUCAUGGAUGUCACGCUGCUGAACCCCCAGCGCUUUUACUUCGUGCAGUGGGAUGUUUGCUUUUUGUACUGCCCCAAAAUGCUUGCGCUAAUAACGGCCAUUUUCUUGUAGGUGGCUUGGUUUUUUCGUUCUUUUCCUUUUUUUUUGGUGGCCUCAUUGCCUUGCGCGGCCUAGCGUGUCUGACCUAUGGCGGCGGCUUAUCCCUGGCCGCAGCCGCAGCAGCAGCAGCACCGUUACACUUCUGGUUUCGUGCCCAGGCUGCUGUGCAGUUUUACAGUACAGUGUUGUGCGGCGCUGCUUGCUGCUCCUUAUUGCAGUUGGGUAUGUUUCUUUCUUUGCUGCUAACCAACGCUGCUCUGCUCUCCCAAGUCGCCAUCAGGGUGCACGGGCCCCCUCCAAAAUCGCAUCAGGAGCAUGACGAGAGCAGGAAGGUGGUGAGGCAAUGAGGUAAUGGAUUCAACGACGGGAGUAGCCAGGCAGCGACUUUGCCUUUGCAGCUGGGCAGGCACUCGGUCGCAAUGGCCCGUCUCGAGAGAAAGAGGCAAUGAAAGGCGAGAAAGAGGUGAAAAAGGAGCUUCCCUGUGCCUCGUUCCUUC